UCCAGUGAAAGUGAAAGUGUUCAGACUCGUUCUCACUUCAAGGAGCAGACGGAGGAGACGUGAAGUCUGAGGCUGGUGAGUGUUCAGCAACAUUUAUAUUAUUCAUUCAUAUUAUUUCACUGUCAGUGUUUUUCACUGGAUCCAGAGACAGAUGUGAACAGCAGGUCUGGAUGAAAGAGACUUCAAAGGACUAAUUAACAGAGUUAACUCACAGCUUCACUUUUUAUCUUCAUCUGUUCAUCAAGUGUUUAAUAACACAACGUGUUUUCACAAUCAUACGUUAAAGUCACCUGUGUGUGUGUGUGUGUGUGUGUGUCUGUGUGUGUGUGUGUGUGUGUGUGUGUGUGUCUGUGUGUGUGUGUGUGUGUGUGUGUGUGUGUGUGUGUGUGUGUCCUUGCUGGGACAGGAAAACAAUAAACAUUGAAACUGGUGAGAAAGAUCAUUUCACUGUGUUCUGCUGUAAACUGAGCGCAGAACCAGAGGAAAUAGACCAGACCUUGAAUAUCUAGAAGAGCAGCGUGGCCUGAACCACAACUGAGCCGCAGCCGGUGCAACAUGGACGAGGACACUUCAGAGCAAGUUGGACCCUCAACCACAAAAGGUCAGGACCACAGACUGAGAGCAGAGUCUCCAGGGUCCAGCUGUGUGUCUCUGAAGAGUGACAUGUCCAUGGAUCUUCCUCUACUCUUCAGUAAUGAACCUGGACCCUCACACACAGAGGAGAGGAAGAGGAGUCAUGUUUCUGAGGAGGAGCAGUCGUCCUGCUGUGCUUCGUGUCAGGACGUCCUGAAGGAUCCAGUCUCCACCAGCUGUGGACACUGGUUCUGCAGACAGUGCAUCACCUCAUACUGGGACCAGUCUGGUUCUUCAGGAGACUCCUCCUGUCCCCAGUGUGGACAAAGAUCCAGAACAGGAGCUGGAGGUCAGACAGCCGCAGAUCAUGGUCUGCAGGAGGUUGUAGAUGAACAUAAGCUCAGUGUGAGGAGGAGAUGUGAACAUGUGACUGAAGGAAGUGAUGAAACAGGAAGUAGAACCCUCCUCAACAGGAUCUACACUGAGCUCCACAUCACAGAGGGACAGAGUGAAGAGGUUAAUACUCAACAUGAGGUGAGGCAGCUUGAGACGGCUUCCAAGAAGAAGAUCCUCCAGGACACUCCCAUCAAGGUCCACGACAUCUUUAAAGCCUCCACUGACCAGCAGAGCAGCAUCAGAGUCGUCCUGACCAACGGAGUCGCUGGCGUUGGAAAAACCUUCUCGGUGCAGAAGUUCACUCUGGACUGGGCAGAGGGUUUAGAGAACCAGGAUGUGGGUCUGCUGGCUGUGCUUUCGUUCAGGGAGCUGAACCUGGUGAAGGACCAGCAGCACAGUCUUCUCACGCUGCUCCAUGUUUUCCAUCCAGAGUUACAGAAGCUCACUGCAGAGACGCUCGCUGUCUGUAAACCUUUGUUCAUCUUUGACGGCCUGGAUGAAAGCAGACCUUCUCUGGACUUCAACCACAGGGAGCUUGUGUCUGAGGUCACACAGAGGUCAUCAGUCAACGUGCUGCUGACAAACCUCAUCCGGGGGAAUCUGCUUCCCUCGGCUCUCGUCUGGAUAACCUCCAGACCUGCAGCGGCCAAUCAGAUCCCUCCUGCAUGUGUUGACAGGGUCACAGAAGUACGAGGCUUCACUGAGGCCCAGAAGGAGGAGUACUUCAGGAGGAGGUUCAGUGAUGAAGAGCUGUGCAGCAGAAUCAUCUCACACAUCAAGACGUCCAGGAGCCUCCACAUCAUGUGUCAAAUCCCAGUCUUCUGCUGGAUCACUGCUACAGUUCUGGAGCACAUGUUGACCACAGACCAGAGAGGAGAGCUGCCCAAGACCCUGACUGACCUGUACUCACACUUCCUGCUGGUUCAGACAAAGAGGAAGAACAACAAGUACGGUGAGGGACAUGAGACGAGUCCACAGCAGCUGAUGGAGGCUGACAGGGACGUUCUCCUGAAGCUGGGGAGGCUGGCACUUAAACAUCUGGAGGAAGGAAACAUCAUGUUCUACCAAGAAGACCUGGAGCGGUGUGGUCUUAAUGUCACAGAGGCCUCGGUGUACUCAGGAGUUUGUACUGAGAUCUUCAGAAGAGAGUGUGUGAUCUUCCAGAAAUCAGUCUACUGCUUUGUUCAUCUGAGCGUUCAGGAGUUUCUGGCUGCAGUCUACAUGUUCCACUGUUACACCGAGAGGAACACAGAAGAACUCAACAACUUCUUGGGAACAUAUGGAGACACAGACAGUAUCUUCUCCCUGAAGAGAACCAUGAAUAUAUCCCUCUUCUUGGGACCAUGUAAGAACACAGACAGAACCUUCUCCCUGGAUGACCUCCUGAAGAGAACCAUGAAGAAAUCCCUCUCCAGUACAAAUGGUCAUCUGGACCUGUUUGUUCGCUUCCUUCACGGCCUCAGUCUGGAGUCCAACCAGAGAGUCUUAGGAGGCCUGCUGGGUUGGACAGAGAACAAUCCAGAGAUCAUCCAGAGAGUCAUCAACAACCUGAAGGAGAUGAAGAGUGAUGACAUUUCUCCUGACAGAAGCAUCAACAUCUUCCACUGUCUGACUGAGAUGAACGACCACUCAGUUCAUCAGCAGAUGAAACAGUUCCUGACGUCAGAGAACAGAUCAGAGGAGGAACUCUCUGAGAUCCACUGCUCAGCUCUGGCCUACAUGCUGCAGAUGUCAGAGGAGGUUCUGGAUGAGUUGGACCUGGAGAAGUUCAACACAUCAGUCCAGGGUCGACGGAGACUGAUCCCAGCUGUGAGGAACUGCAGGAAGGCUCGAAUUGGACUGACUGACAUCGACGAUCUACUCCGUGGUUUAUUCCUCUCAGUGACUCACUAUGAAGUCGUGGCCUCAGCUCUGAAGUCAGACCCCUCACAUCUGAGAGAACUGGAUCUGAGUGACAACAAGCUGAAGGAUUCACACAUGAAGCUGCUGUGUUCUGGACUGGAGAGUCCAAACUGUCGACUGGAGACUCUGAGGUUGAUGAACUGCAGACUUACAAAGAUCAGCUGUUCUUCUCUGGCUUCAGCUCUGAGGUCAAACCCCUCUCAUCUGAGAGAACUGGAUCUGAGAGGAAACGACCUGCAGGACUCAUCAGUGAAGGAGCUGCUUGAUCUACAGCAGAGUCCAACCUGUCGACUGGAGACUCUGAGGUGGAGGUGAUGUGAAGAGGACAGUGUGAAGAGGACAGUGUGAAGAGGACAGUGUGUGUGGACGGAGGCUGAGCUGUGUCCUGAGGAUCCAGAGGCUGAAGCAGCAGCAGCUUGUGUGUAGUCUCCAAUCUACACAACCCCUAAUCUGCAUGUGUUUGUGAGAUGAAGCCGGAGCACCUGGAGAAAACACGGGGAGAACAUGCAGACUCCACACAGGAAGACCCCAUCUGAACCGGAUUCAAACCAGCAACCUUCUUUCCCCGAUUGUGUUUAUUCACAUGAAGAAUGUGUUUAUUGAAAUGACACAACACAAGCAGAAUAUAUAAACCCUCUGUAAAGAGUCACAUACAGUGUGUUUAAGUUUGUCUUUAUUAUUGUCCACCUUUGUCCCUCAGUGUGUCUCCAUGUGUGUAGAACCACAUUCUGUGUAGAUGUUUGUUUAUGAUCUUAAAGUUCCUGGAUUCACAAAUUGAUUUAGUUCAACACAAAGUUCAACACAUUGAAAUCACUUUGAGUUUAAAAUCAGAGUUUUGUCUUUGACACAAAAGAUCAAAACUCUGGACUUAAAAAUGGGACGUUUUCAUUUCUGCAUCAGGUGCAGAGCGGUGGUGGCUUUUCUACUUUUGACCCACAGGUGGCGCUGCAGUAUAACAGCAGCACAUCCCAGUCAAAGCCUUUAUAUUCAGUCUAUGAGUCAAACACAUGGAUCAUUUCCUCUGUGACAAACCAGAUGUAACGAGAAGAAAAACAUCUCAGAGAGAAAAGUUCUGUUUCUACUUGUCUCUGCUUUAAUGCUCAAUAAACAUCCUUCCACUGA